AUGCCGGCUCUGAGCGAUCGUUACGAGAGCCUCGAUUACGACCUGAACGAGAAUGAGCUGCAGAAACAGAUGGACAAGUCGCAGGGGAUAGCUAGUUAUGAUGGUGCUCAUAAGCAUAUAGCUCGUUUAAAUUUUUACUUUCACGACAACGAAGCGUUUCAGCUGUCGCUGUGGCGAAUGGCACUGAACCGUUGGGUGGUGUGCUUCUUCAUUGGAGCUUCGACGGCUGUCAUCGCGGUCGGCAUCCAUGCGUUUGUCUUUCAUGUGUCGUUCGUGAAAUUUUUGUGCGUUCGUUCAAGUUUGUUUUUUUUUAUUUAUUUCCAAUUUCUGCCACAAAUUACCUUUUUAAUCAGUGAUGGAAGCGCAUCUCGACAGCGACCUGUACCUACCGUUGCUCGUGUGGGUUGGUUGGAACUGUGCUUUGGUGUUGAUCGCAGUAUUGAUGGUGCUCUGCGUUUCAGGUGUAAGUUUUUCCGCCUCUUCGGUGUCUCCUCUCGGCCCGUCGCUGCUGGAAGCGGCAUACCUCAGGUGAAGUGCUUUUUGAACGGCGUGCAGAUUCCUGGCGUCAUACGUUUGAAAACAUUGGUAGCCAAAGUGGUCGGAGUCGCUUGCAGCGUAGCCGGUGGAUUAGCUGUUGGAAAGGAAGGACCAAUGAUUCACUCCGGAGCUGUUUUGGCAGCAGGAAUUUCUCAAGGUCGAUGUGUUACCAUUCCUAUGGAUUUUCAUGUGUUUGAUUAUUUCCGUACGGAUCGGGAGAAAAGGGAUUUCGUAUGCGCAGGGGCCGCUUCUGGAGUUGCUGCGGCCCUUGAAGAAGGGGCAAGUUUCUGGAACCAGUCUUUAACGUGGAGAAUCUUUUUCGCAUCCAUGAUAUCGUCCUUUGUUCUCAACUUUCUGCUCAGUGCCUUUUACGGAAAACCAGGCGCUAUAUCUUGGCGAGGUUUGGCAAACUUCGGAUUUUUUGGGGAAAUCAAUUACAGUAUCUUAGAGCUUGGCAUAUUCAUCGCCAUUGGAGCGAUUGGAGGUCUCUCUGGAGCACUUUUCAACCAUAUCAGCUACAAAUUAACGAUAUUUCGAAUGCAGUACAUGAGAAGAGCCUGGCAAAAAGUGUUUGAUGCCAUGCUAAUCGCGUCCGUUUCCGCUCUAGUCGGUUUUGGAGCAAUAUUCCUCAUCGACGAUUGUCAGCCAUUGAAAUUUGACCAUAAUUCUUCCGUGCUCUGGUGCGCUGAUGGUUACUACAGCGCGGUCGCCGAACUGUACUUCCAGACACCCGAAGAAACAGUGAAGGCAUUGUUUCAGAAUUCCGCAGAAUACGUUAGUUCAUUGACGCUGUUUGUCUAUGCAUUGGCAUACUACCUUCUCGCUGUGUGGACUUACGGUAUUUCGGUGCCAUCCGGCAUUUUCAUCCCGUCGCUGUUGAUCGGGGCUGCAUGGGGACGCUUGAUAGGCUUAGGUCUCCAGGCGUCGCAUCCAUAUUUCAUUGUCAUUGACGUACACAAAUUCGCACUGGUCGGAGCGGCGGCCCAGCUUGGAGGCAUCGUUCGAAUGACCAUUAGCCUAUGUGCUAUAAUCGUUGAAGCGACCAGGAACAUCAGUUUCGGCCUGCCGAUAAUGUUAACGCUGAUGACCGCGAAAUGGGUCGGCGACUACUUUAACGAGGGAAUCUACAGUAUGCAUAUUCAACUUGCUGAGGUUCCGAUUUUGGACUGGGACCCCCCACAGCUCGCUUCGUGCAUUCCUGCCAUUCAGGUGAUGUGCCCGUGUGUCACUGUUUUCCGGGAAAUCGAAAACGUCGGCCGUAUUUACCAAACGUUGUUGCAGGAGCGGCAUCACGGCUACCCAGUCGUGGAUAGCUUCGAUCCCGACGACGAAAUGAGACCGGAAGGAACUUUCGGCCGACUCAAAGGACUGGUUCUCAGAUAUCAAUUGAUCACUUUACUGCAGAAUAAGUUGAUUGAUUAUUUUCCGCAGAUCUUCUGGUUCGACCCAAUGGCUCAGAAGAGAGCGUUCGAGAAGCGUAUAUUAUGA